AUGAAUGAUACGAGGGAAAAUGAAACUCAUGAAGAGGCCCAUAAUCAAUUUGAGUCAGAAAUUCUUAGAUAUCUCUGCGAUUAAUUAAAGUUAGAAUAAUUGACUGAUCCACAAUUGAAAUAAAUUAUUUAUGAAGACUUAAAGAAAAAACAGAUGUUCUCGUAAUGCUCUAUAGACUCUGAUAUUGAGACAUAAGAUAGUUUUUCUUCCUCUACAACUCACAGAUAUUCCCUCUAAUUAACUAGAUCUCCGCUCAUUCUCAAAAGAUUAAGCGUUCCUAUCACAUUGUAAAUUUGA